GUUGAUUAUUGUACUAGCAUAAUAAGUACAGUAGAUAGUAGCGCUUUGUGUCUUACAAUUCAAACUACAAAGCUUAAUAGUUUGUAAACAUAACCUAAGUACUUAGUCACGGUGGUGGUGUGUGUUCUAAAGCCAAACAAAUUGUAGGAAUGAUGCAUUGAUUUGAAAAAAAAACACUUGAUACGAGCUUUAGGUCUAUCCAUAUCAGUGUAAAAGUGCGCAAUCAUUAAGGACCAAAGUUAAUUGUAGGAUAGCCGCCACCAGUUGGGCGACAAAUUUCUAACAAUCUACAAGUAAAAAAUGCAACGUAUUUUUACCAAACGGAAAUUGCUACUUAUCACAACAUUAUUCAUAAACGUUGUACAAUAUGCCCAGUGUGAUAUUAGUGUAUCGACAAAUGACUUAACUAUACAAUUAGAACAUACAGCUUCAUUUAAUUUAAUAAUAAGAAACGUCACCAAAUAUGUUCCUUUCUCCAUUAAAUUUGAUAUUCAGCAUAAAGACUUAAUACGUGUAGAACCAGAAUUAUAUAAUGUUACAAAAGAUGAAGAUGUAAAUAUAGUCGUUCACGCAAUUGGAGCCGGACACUCCGAGGUCGUAGCCAAUGUAACGAACUCAAGCAUAAUCCUGAAAAAUGCAUUUGUUCGAAUUACAGUUCAAAAACUUCCGGAACUUGACACAUUUUCUUUAGUUAUUGGAUGGAUCUACUUCGUGGCAUGGUCUGUUUCUUUCUAUCCACAGAUUUAUAGCAAUUUUAAGAGGAAGAGUGUGGUUGGGCUAAAUUUCGACUUUCUUGCUCUGAACAUCAUCGGUUUUACAUUGUAUGCAAUAUUUAAUCUGGGUUUAUACUUCAUACCUGAAAUCAAGGCGGAAUACUCAAGCAGAUAUCCUAGAGGAUUAAAUCCCGUUCAAGUCAACGACAUCGUAUUUGCUGUUCAUGCAGCUGCCGCAACAAUAAUUACGAUAGUUCAAUGUUAUUUAUAUGAAAGCAGCGACCAAAGAGUGUCGCAUGUCGCCAGAAUAAUAAUAGGAGUUUUUGGUCUAUUUCUUUUCAUUAGUAUUAUUUUGGCGGCCAGUGAUGUGAUUCACUGGAUAGAUUUCCUGUAUUACUGUUCCUAUGUUAAGCUCACUAUAACACUCAUCAAAUAUGUUCCGCAGGCAUACAUGAAUUAUAAAAGAAAAAGUACUGUUGGGUGGAGCAUAGGAAACAUCUUCCUUGAUUUUACAGGAGGCAUUUUGAGUAUGCUUCAAAUGAUAAUAAUCUCAUACAAUUAUGAUGACUGGGUUUCUAUAUUUGGCGACCCAACCAAAUUUGGGUUAGGUCUUUUCUCUGUAGUUUUCGAUAUCUUUUUCAUUGUUCAACACUAUGUUUUAUACCGUCAUACAAAUUACGAAGAGCAAUAAAAGUCUUAAAGUCUCUUAAACAAUAAGAAAUAUAUUUUGUUAAAGUUUAUAGUGAUUUUAAAGUACUGUGUUAUAUAAUAUAAUUAAAAGUCUUUUAUUACA